UUAAACCAACAAACUGUAAAUAUGAGUUAGUAAGGAUUCCAAUAAACUGAAUAGUCUACAAUUGUAACGUUUUGUGUCAAUGGUGAAAUUUGUGGUGUAGUGGUUUAGGGAACUCAGAAAAAUGUCAAUCAAGAGUAGCACAAAGAAAAGUGGCACCAAGUCAAGUUUUGGUUUCUCAACAAGGGAUUUCCUACAAAUGAACAACUCAAUAUGUUUUGGGAGCUUAAAUUCAGAACAUGGUUCAAAAUUCGGAAGAUCAGUCCAAAAAUUUGCAAAACAAAAUGAUCCUGGACUGGUUCAGUCAGUAUCGACAGUAAAUUCAAGAGUUUUUUACACCAUUGUUAAUUUCCCUUUAAAAGCAAAUUCUAAAAUACCAGAUUUGACACAUAUGGAGGCAACAGACUGUAUUCGGGAGCUAGGAGGUUGUUUGAACAUUUUUGAUUAUGAAUUCAACUGUACAUCUUUUUGGCUUUUGGAUAUUUUAUCCAAGUUAGUCAAGUACUUGCAACUCAAAGGCUUUUCUACUCAAGACCAAAAUGUUCACCUCAUGUGGUUCAGAUUUGUCUUACGCUGUAUUGCAAUCAAUGGUGAGUUGAGGGAAGAAUUAUUUUUUCAACUACAAGAAAUGUUUUAUAAAGCUGAGAAUCACAUUAAAGCUGGCGAACCAAUGCCCCAACCAGGACAAAUGUGUACUCUAAAGAGAAAAUCAAUCAUUGGUUUAUCAAGUGACAAUGAAAGUCGGGUUUCUUCAGAAUCCCUCCAUAGUGCAAUUUUAAGAAAUAACCAAGUGAAUCUCUCAGACCAAAAUCUUGAGCUAAAAUUUAAAAGAUCUAAUAUUUCACAUCAUGCCUCUAGAACUCAAUCCAGUUACUCAUUAAAAGUUGAGGAAGAAUCUGGCUUUACAGAAGAAAAGAUUGCUAAAAAUUUACGAAUCCUGAACUCAGUAAUGGAAAUGAUUUAUGAUAUUUUUGCAGAUCGUUUUACAUUCUCGCUGAUCAGUCAGACUUAUAGCUCUCCUACCAUUAUAGUCCCAGUGGAAAUUCCACUUGUUUUUAAAGAACCAAAACUCUUAACAUCCACAAAUGAUGGAACACUCCCUGAGUCUCCAGGAUCUAAGAAAACACUGAUUCCGAAACCCAAGAAAAAAAGAAAAGGUCAAGUGAAAGAUAACAGAAAAGGAUCUCCAUAUUCAAAAGAUGAAUUUGAUGGGGAAAAUGUUGGAAAAAUCAUGAAAAAGUCUAUAAAUAGAAGAAAUAAGAAAAACGAGUCUACAGAACAAAAUAAUGGAAAUGAAACAUAUAAAGAAAAAGAUGAGAAUAAACCAAAGCUCAGCAGUAACCACGAUGGAAAAUCUGAAUCUCCACAUAAAACUAAAGGAAGAAAUAAAUCUGUAGGAAAUAAAUCUAAAAAUAGGUCAAUGAACAAAAAUAGAAAAUUUGGUAAAUCUAUCACCCAAAAUAAUCUUACGGCAAACACACAAAAGCACACUCAGAAUAUUGAAGAUCAACAAAUUCAAGACAAAUUAGAAAAUUUUAACAACACCAUUGCCUCUAAAACGAAAUUAGAGACUAAAAAAAUAGAAAAAGAAAAUCAAAUCAUAAGUAUUUUACCCUUAUCUGAAGGGGUUAAAAAUGGAUAUGUGGAACAUUUAAUUAAUUCAUUACAUCCCUUGGAAACAAAAGCAAAGUAUAAUGAAAAAGCAGUUGACCAUUCAAAAGCAAGAUCGAGAAAAAGUUCCAAAUCCCAAAGAAAGAAGAAUAAACAGAAAAUUUCAUCUGAGAAGAAAGCUAAAGGCAAGAAAAAGUAAAAACAAUAGUAAAUGGUUUAAACUUCAUGCAUAAGGAGGUAACAAAUAAAAAAAAAUA